GCGUUUCUAUAGAAUAUAACAUGAUACAUAAUUCCGAGGUAUGCCUGUCCCUUAAUCGUAAAACCAGUUAUAACCGGUAUUCUCUAGUUUCAGCAACCACAACGCAUUAAAUAACUAUAAAUGGGCACGCCUUGUUGUUAUGUUAAUAUGCUACACGUAUAGAAUAAAACUGUAUUGCAUGAUCAGAUUGGUUUGUUAUAAUGUUACCUGUCAUUCGACGCAAGUUCCGUCUGCCUUUGCUUUCACAGAGAAUGUAUAUAUGUCUAUAGUUAACAGGAGUGUAUAUACAUGAAUGUAGGUGACAACGAUAGCAUCUAUGUAAAACGCAUUGUUUUUCUGUUCGUUUCCUCGAUCUCUACAACAUACUGUUAUAAUAUAUACCCGAAUGAAAAUUUGACAUGACUUACAUCGCUUGAUAUCGUAGAAAAAGUCAUCGAUUUUCAAAAUUUUAAACAAUGGCCAUGGAUGAGGUGAAACCAUUACUGCACGUGAAGCCGAAGACGUACGCCCGCCGGUGGUGGGUCCUUAUCUACGUCAGCUUAGCAAACAUAUUUACGACGGGCAGUUGGAAUGCAUGGGGACCGAUAAGUCAGUCGGUAGAGUUUGGUUUUGGCUGGGACGACUCCAUCAUAGCGGACAUCCUUAAUGUUGGACGAAUAGGGAUGUUUGUCGGUAUCAUUCCUCUUAGUUAUCUUGUUGAUAAGAAAGGGAUCCGCCUUGCUAUGAUAAUAAGCAAUGUUAUCUUACUGAUGGGAUAUGUGCUACGCUGUCUAAUCGAUCAAACAACUUCCAUUUGGCCUGCGAUGCUGGGACAGGUAAUAGUCGGUGGUGCCAAUGGGAUAGGAUACUGUGGACCGUCUGCUAUGUCGGUCGCGUGGUUCCCACCAAACGAGCGUGCCACUGCCACAUCUAUAGCAGUUAUGAGUACAUAUAUUGGUCUCGGGAUCGCCUAUAUCAUCAAUCCUCUGUUGGUGUCAACACCUUUAUUUGAUGAGGUAGAGUUCUCGUACCGAAAACUGAACCAAAGUGAACUCGCGAACUAUACCGAUCAUGACCUUAGUCUUGCCGCUAACUCGACCAGUGUUAGUAUGGCUAAUGUUGUUUUGAACAAAGACAUUAUUCAAGAUGAAACAAUGACCUUAAUGUACAUAGAGACAGGGAUUGCAGCUGCAUUUGUGAUAGUAGCCGUGGCUCUAGUCCCAGACGCACCGCCUACGCCACCUUCCCAUAGUGCCAAUGCAAUCAGGAUGGAAUACACAAAAGUAUUUCUACACAUCAUAAGGAGUGGAUAUUUGUCACUCCUCCUGCUGUUUACCGGUGUGAUGAUUGGUAUGUACGCCACGUGGGUAACCAUAUUUGGGAUAACGUUCGAACACCUCGAUAUCACCCAGGACGAGGCUGGGUGGCUAGGGUUCGGAAGCCUCAUAGCAAGCAGUGUAGUGGGAUUUAUUUCUGCAAGGUUUUCUGACGUCUGCGCUUCGAAGUUGAAGACAAUCCUGAUGGUGAUGUUGGUUAUUUCAAGUCUGAUGUUCCUGUGGGUUUCCUUGUUGUGUAGCCAGUAUAUUGAAUAUAGUAGAGAACAACUGUACGUGUCGACUAUCCUGGGCUGUGCUUUCCUUAACGGCUGUGUGCCAUUACUGUAUGAACAGAUAUGCAACGCCGCCUUCCCUAUCCCAGAAGGAAUCAUUGUUGGAAUAUCUGCCCUUGUAACAAUGUUGGCCGGCAUCUUUUAUUUGUUACCUCUAUCCAUCAUCGAGUUUGAAGAUAAUACGUGGCUGGAGUGGUCAAUACUAGUUGUGUGUGUGGUCGGUUGUAUUGUUAUUCUAAUAACCCCCCAGAGGAACGGGCGGGCAGACCUGGAAGUGUCCGUCCGUGUCACUAAAACCACUUAUUAUGAAAGACUCGGAUCAGAACAUGAAGACCUACAUGUGUCAGAGAAGACAGUUCCGGAAAACGCAUGAGAUAUGUCAACGUAAUUUAUUAAAUAUCGAGAUGACAAUUUUGAACUGGUAAUAAGAAAAUAAAGUAAUAAAGGCGAAGUUCUAACCUUCAUCCAGGCUCGACUUGAAAGAAGUGUCUGCAUUUCUCAUUUAUAAUCGUACGCUGAUACACCUAAUUUUAUGCUUUUUCAUAUGCAAUAUAGUCAUGCAUAUUAUUUGCUUUUGCGUGGAAUUUACAUUGUAUUUUACCCAUGUUAAUAGUGUAUGUCAUUACUUGUCAAUUGCUCCUCAUAUAUAUGUAGAAAAUGUUUUCUUUUCAUUUUUUGAAAAUAAAGUUCAAUACAAAGUU